AUAAACUCUUAUGGUAAAUCUUCAAAAUUCGGUACAUUAAAGAAACGAGGUCAAUUCGCAAUAUAUGCUAAUGUUGUUCGCCUGGGUUUGCUGUGGAUUACAACCAUAAUUACAACCCAGUUUCCCUUAUCUCUUGCGCGGCCAAGACGCCAUAUUGUUUGCGUUGCUUAGAGAAUUCAAACAAAAAAAGUUGUUUAUAAAUUUAUAUCAUGCAGCUUUCGAGGCUUUUGUCGAACAUAUGACAUGAAAUUGAUAUAAAAAUGACACAAGCACUUGACUGAAUGUUUGGAAAACCGGGAUAUUGACCAAAACUUAAGAAAUUAUGCAAGCUUCUCGGAGGAGAGUGCAAACUGCGGUCGAUAGAAACGAGUCGUCUCAAAGUUUUCGAUCAAGAAACGGCAAAGAAGCGCCAAAGAGAGCAACCUCAGCAGCAUGGGAGGACGUUCUUUCAUCCACAAGUCCAAUCCGUGGCCGAAGUUUUGAAAAUUUAGCACAAAACUGGAGAAGUUCGUCUCGAAAGGAUGUUUACGACACGGACAGCGAUGUGGAAUUAGAUGGAGAACGGUCAAUGGGGUUGAGUAGAUCGUCCAUGUCUGUUGGCUUGAACAAGUCCUUCCCUUGGGGAAAUAAAAGCGAAAUGAAUGUACAAGAUUAUCCCAAACAGAGUCGAUCCUCUAGUCCGCUUCGAUCGUAUUCAAAAUUCGAUCAAAGUUACAAUGAGUUUUUAAGCUCAAGUAGAUUAAUUCAUAAUACCUCUAAUCCUGACCAGCAAAGCAUGUCUGAGUUUCUUAUUGAAAAAAUCAAAAAUGGAAAUUAUGUCGAUUUCGCUGAUUUCUUACCGCAUAAUAUACUAGAGUAUACGGCAUGGGACAACAAGCACGUUUCUCGGACCACGGAUGGGUCGUCGGCACCCAAGGUGACCGAUUUUGGUGAAUGGAUCCAAUGUAUGAUGGUAUAUAUUUCGAUUCUAUGUCAAGAAUAUCCUGAGCGAAUCACAGACCUUUUGGGUUACGUGACGAACGUUGCCAUGCUGUAUCAAGAAAGUGACGAAAAAGGGGCGUGGCUAAGGUACGACGAAGCGUUCCGACGGAAGGCCUCGUUAAGAAGGUUAACGACCUGGUCUAAGUGGGAUAAGGAGUUAUGGGUGUUAGCUUCGUCAAGCGAGGCAAGACGAAGCGUUAAUUGCAAGUCAUGUCUCACAUCUAUGCAUGACGAGGAAAGUUGUCCAUUUUCGCGACAAGCUGUCGAGUUUGAUCGACUUAGAAAAGCUCAAGGUCAGGAAGGCGAAAGGUAAUCUUAUUUCCAUGUUUAUAAUAUUUACCUUGAAUAGUGAUUUGAAAAUAUAAUUAUUGUUUUCUCAUAGGAAAGAACAUUUAAGUCCAAAACAGUCAACCAGUAACACAAGGUUGAGUCAAAAAAUGCCCAAAGAAACUCUAGAACUAAAGUUUGCAUUUGGGUGAGUAUUAAAAUGUGCACAUUUGGGUGAGUAUUAAAAUGGUCCCUGCUUUGCGGGAACCACAUUGUGUAAUUACUGUUCUGUUAAAUUUUUCUAGUUACCAUGGUUAUGAUGCGUGCAAUAAUGUAUUUUAUACGGCGUCAGACGACAUAGUAUUCCACACCGCGGCUUUAGGAGUGUGCUAUAACCGCAAGACACAUGAACAACGUUUCUACAAAGGACAUACUGAUGAUAUACUUUGUCUUACCGUUCAUGAUGAUAAAGAUUAUGUUGCGACAGGACAGGUAAUGUACCGUAU